AUGACGACCAGCGGCGAUGACCUGUCUACCCUGCGCACGAUGAGGGAUGUGUUCGACUACUGCCAGCGGAAGGGCCUGUACUCGGUGGCCCAGGGCAUGAUCGAGCUGCCGCCCCCGCGCGCCCUGCGCGAGAUUGUCGCGGCCGACGUGCUCAAGGACGAGGCCCCGUCCUCGGACAUCCACCAGUACCGCUCGCGUAUGGGCGAACGCGACUACCUCAACGCCCUCCGCACGCUCCUCAAGGACCACUACGCGACCGAUGUGCCCGAGGGUUCCAUCUUGGCCACCUCCGGAGUGACGGGCGCGAUCGUGGCGGCGCUGAUGGUGCUGCGGAAGCAGGGCAAGUCGCGCAUGGCGGUGAUCGAGCCGUACUACACCUACCACUCCCGCCAGGUCGAGGAGGUCUUCCAGAAGCUGCCCGAGGGCAUCCCGUCCCACCUCGAUUGGUCUCCCGACUUUGACGCGAUCGAGAAGGCCCUGAAGGGCGGCGUGGAGGGCAUCAUCAUCGCCAACCCCAACAACCCCACCGGCCGCGUGUGGGCCAAGGAGGAGCUGCAGAAGCUUGUGGCGCUGACCAAGCAGUACGGCGCUUCGCUCAUCUUGGAUGAGAUCUACUGCGACAUGGUCUUCGCCGGCAACAAGCACUACUCUCCCAUCCAGGACUCGCUCGAGGAGCACGUGUUUGUAUGCCGCGGCUACUCCAAGACGCUCGGCGCGCAGAGCUGGCGGUUGGGCUAUGCCGUCUCCCACCCGGAGACCAUCAAGUCCCUCAUGACCCACCACGAUCCCAUCUACAUCAGCUUGGCCCAGUACUUGAACAAGCAGUACAGCGAUUACGUUAAGCACAUCAACGAAAUCAAUGCCCUUCUCCAGACCAACUACGAGAUUCUCGCCCCGGCCUUCAAGGACGCGCUAGGCUGGGAGCCGAUUGCUCCUCAGGGCAGCAUGUACGGCAUGUUCAAGCACACCGAAGCCAGCGACAUCGAGGCCCUUCAGAAGGGCCUGCGUGCCGGCGUGGGUGUGGCUCCGGGUUCGAUGUUCUACGUGGAUAACCGGGCCAACUCCGGCUACAUCCGCAUCCAUGUGGGCAUCUCCACUGAGAAGGCCAAGAAGAUUGCUGAGACCCUUCGUGCCAACAAGCAGUAA